AUGGCAGCCUCAAAGCCCCAUGUCCCGAUUGUCAAGAAGCGGCUUCAACGCUUCAAGCGUUUCCAGUCCGACCGUUUCUUGCGCGUUGCCGAGUCAUGGAGGAAACCCAAGGGUAUCGACAACAGGCAGCGACGUCGAUUCAAGGGCUCUGCCCCUAUGCCUUCUAUCGGUUACGGCAGCAACAAGAAGACAAAGCACAUGUCAGCAUCCGGCCACAAGACAUUCCUUGUUCGUAACGUGGCAGAUGUCGAGCUUUUGUUGAUGCACGCUCGUUCGUACGCCGCUGAGAUUGCGCACAACGUGUCUUCUCGCAAGCGUAUUGAGAUUGUCGCCAAGGCCAAGCAGCUUAACGUCAAGGUCACCAAUGACAAGGCCAAGGUCCGCUCGCAGGAGUAA